UCUUGACGUUUGUGUGUCCCUUUGUAGAUCUUACUCACUGAUGCUUUGCAUUGGUUAAGCCACUAGUCUCCUGAUGCAGCCUGAAUCCAGUAGGUGUGAAGAGGAACCCCCUUCUCUCUUCUGGGGUUUGGAUCCCGUGUUUCUAGCCUUUGCAAAGCUCUACAUCAGGGAUAUCCUGGAUUUAAAGGAGUCCUGUCAGGUGCCAGGUAUAUUUUUUUACAAAGGACAUCCUAUAAGACAGGUGGACAUCUUGGGAACGGUGGUUGGAGUGAGAGAGAGAGAGACCUUUUAUGUUUAUGGAGUAGAUGAUAGUACAGGAGUCAUAAACUGCAUCUGCUGGAAAAAGCUGGCCAGUUCCGAGUCUUCAUCAGCUGUAGCUGCUCCAAGUGCCAGAGAACUGAGCCUCACCGCCCAACUGAUGAAGCUGCAGGAAACCAUUAAGCAGAGAACAAAGCUGGAAAUUGGGGAUGUUCUCCGGGUCAGGGGCUGUGUCCAAAUCUACAGAGGAGAGCGGGAAAUUCGUGCCAUGGUUUAUUAUAAAGUGGAUGAUCCCAUGUAUGAAACUCAGAUCGCCAGGAUGCGGGAGCUGCCCUCCCUCUACAGGCAGGUCUAUGACCAGCCCUUCCGCAGUGCAGCCCUGGAGAAAGAAAAGGCUCUGAGCAAUCCAAGCUCCCUGGACCUUCUUGGUCUCACAAGUUUGUUGAGUGAAAAAGCCAGAGAAUUCCUCCUGGAGAACCGUGUGCAGACCUUCUACCAGCAGGAGCUGGAAAUGGAAUCCAGUCUGCUGAGCCUGGCCAACCAGCCUGUGAUCCACAGUGCUUGCUCAGAACAAGUAGAUUUAAAGAAGGAAACCACUGCCAAGGCGAUUCAUAGUAUAUUUAAGAAUGCUGUCGACCUGCUUCAGGAAAAAGGAGUUGUUUUCCAGAAAGAUGGUGGUUUUGAUCACAUGUAUUAUGUAACCAGAGAAGACAAAGAACUCCACCGAGUGGUCCACCGUAUUAUUCAAGAAGACUGCCAGAAACCAAAUCACAUGGAGAAGGGCUGCCACUUCCGGCACAUCUUGGCCUGUGCUCGCCUGCGCCUCUACCCAGGCCUGAGGGAAGCGGUGCUACAGCAGGUGCUGGACCUCCUGGAAGACCAGAGUGACAUCAUAAGUGCCACUGACAACCACUACGUGGCCUUCUGAGUGGAGCCCCAGCUGGCUAGAGAAGGGGCCACUCUGGGUCUGGGGUGAGCACCCCACAGAAACAGCAAAGUAAUAAGUGGGCGAAUGGAGCUGGACAGAAA